AUGCAUCUGAUCUUUUCUCUCAUCUCUGCAGAAACUGAUGCGAUCUUCAGUUUUCCACAUGUUCAUUCUCAGUAUGGUGGCCGUUGACGUGAUUGUAGCUGCUAGCAAUUACCACAAGGGCGAGGACCAUAAACUCACCAAUGACGAGUUCUACCUGGCUGAGGUCGCCUUCACUGUGCUGUUUGAUUUGGAGGCUCUGCUGAAAAUCUGGUGUUUGGGCUUCAAUGGCUACAUCAGUUCCUCUCUACACAAGUUUGAGUCACUGCUUGUAAUGGGGACCACCCUGCACAUCUAUCCUGAUCUUUACCACUCGCAGUUCACCUACUUCCAGGUUUUGCGAGUGGUCCGUCUAAUAAAGAUCUCCCCAGCACUAGAGGAUUUUGUGUAUAAAAUUUUCGGUCCAGGGAAGAAACUCGGCAGUCUAGUGGUGUUCACUGCCAGUCUGCUCAUAGUGAUGUCUGCCAUCAGCCUGCAGAUGUUCUGCUUUGUAGAGGACUUGGAUCGUUUCACAACAUUUCCACGGGCAUUUAUGUCCAUGUUCCAGAUUCUUACUCAGGAGGGUUGGGUGGAUGUCAUGGACCAAACGCUGGUGGCAGUGGGACAGAUGUGGGCUCCAAUCGUGGCCAUAUACUUCAUUCUCUACCACCUCUUUGCCACACUGAUCCUUCUGAGCCUUUUUGUGGCUGUUAUUUUGGACAAUCUUGAGUUGGAUGAAGACCUGAAAAAGUUAAAACAGCUGAAACAGAGCGAAGCCAAUGCUGAUACGAAAGAGAAACUUCCUCUGCGAUUACGGAUCUUUGAGAAGUUCCCCAAUCGACCACAGAUGGUGAAAAUAUCCAAGCUGCCUUCAGACUUCACUGUGCCCAGAAUCAGGGAGAGCUUCAUGAAGCAGUUCAUCGACCGACAGCAGCAGGACCCCAGCUGUCUGUUCCGUCGCCUUCCCUCAGCGUCGUCCUCAUCCUGCGACCAUUCCAAGAGGUCUGCCAUUGAGGAUAAUAAAUACAUAGAUCAGAAGCUCCGAAAGUCAGUAUUUAGCAUCCGAGCCCGUAACCUCAUAGAAAAGGAAACCACUGUCAAUAAAAUUCUGCGAGCCUGCACCAGACAACGUAUGCUGAGUGGUUCCUUUGAGGGUCAGCCAACUAAAGAGAGAUCUAUACUCAGUGUCCAGCAUCACAUCCGCCAAGAGCGCCGGUCCCUCAGACAUGGCUCUACCAGCCAGAGAAUCAGCAGAGGGAAAUCCCUGGAAACACUCACUCAGGAUCACUCCAGCACGGUCCGUUACCGUAACGCUCAGCGUGAGGACAGUGAAAUCAAGAUGAUACAAGAGAAAAAGGAGCAGGCUGAGAUGAAACGAAAAGUCCAAGAGGAGGAACUUCGGGAAAACCAUCCAUACUUUGACAAGCCACUCUUCAUCGUUGGUAGAGAGCACCGCUUCCGAAACUUUUGCCGAAUGAUCGUGCGGGCCCGUUUCAAUGUGUCUAAAACGGAUCCCAAUACAGGCGCAGUGAACAGCACAAAAUACCAUCAAUUAUAUGAUUUGCUGGGCUUGGUAACCUAUCUGGACUGGGUGAUGAUCGUGGUCACCAUCUGCUCUUGUAUUUCCAUGAUGUUUGAGUCCCCUUUUACUAGGGUCAUGCAUGUCCCUACCCUGCAGAUCGGAGAAUAUGUCUUCGUCAUCUUCAUGAGCAUUGAGCUGAACCUGAAGAUUAUGGCAGAUGGUCUGUUCUUCACUCCCACUGCAGUCAUACGAGACUUCGGUGGCGUCAUGGACAUCUUCAUCUACUUAGUCAGUCUGAUCUUUUUAUGCUGGCUACCAAACAAUGUACCCCCUGAGUCUGGUGCCCAGCUCCUCAUGAUGCUACGCUGCCUACGCCCACUGCGUAUCUUUAAACUGGUGCCGCAAAUGAGGAAAGUGGUUCGAGAAGUCCUCAAGGGUUUCAAAGAGAUCUUCCUGGUCUCUAUUCUUCUUCUGACACUAAUGCUGGUGUUUGCAACCUUCGGGGUGCAACUCUUUGCUGGAAAACUUGCCAAAUGUAAUGAUCCCCAUAUCUCCAGUAAGGAAGACUGCCACGGCAUCUUUAGAAUCAAUGUGAGCAUUUCAAAAAACCUGAAUUUAAAGCUCGGACCAGGGGAGAAAAAACCAGGAUUCUGGGUGCCAAGAGUUUGGGCAAACCCUCGAAACUUCAAUUUCGAUAAUGUGGGCAAUGCCAUGCUGGCUCUGUUUGAGGUGCUGUCACUGAAGGGUUGGGUGGAGGUGAGAGACGUCAUCAUACACAGAGUGGGACCGAUUCAUGGCAUCUAUAUCCACGUCUUUGUGUUCCUGGGCUGUAUGAUUGGGCUCACCCUUUUUGUUGGUGUUGUCAUAGCCAACUUUAAUGAAAAUAAGGGCACUGCUCUUUUGACUGUGGAUCAGAGGAGAUGGGAAGAUUUGAAAAGUCGUCUGAAGAUUGCUCAGCCACUCCACCUCCCCCCUCGCCCAGAAAAUGGUGGAUUCCGUGCAAAAAUGUACGACAUCACCCAGCAUCCUUUUUUCAAGCGAGGUAUCGCAGUGCUGGUGUUAGCACAGUCUGUCCUUCUGUCUGUUAAGUGGGAUGUACUUGACCCGGUUACUUUUCCCUUGGCCACAAUGUCUGUGGUUUUCACUUUCAUUUUUGUUCUGGAGGUGACUAUGAAGCUGAUAGCUAUGUCACCAGCCGGAUACUGGCAGAGCAGGAGAAACAGAUAUGACCUACUCGUCACAUCCCUGGGAGUCAUAUGGAUCAUUUUGCACUUUGCUUUACUGAAUGCUUACACAUACAUGAUGGGCACAUGUGUGAUAGUAUUCAGGUUUUUCACCAUAUGUGGGAAGCAUGUGACGUUAAAGAUGCUUUUGCUAACUGUGGUCGUCAGCAUGUACAAGAGUUUCUUUAUUAUCGUGGGCAUGUUCUUGCUGUUGCUGUGCUACGCUUUCGCUGGCGUCGUCCUUUUCGGCACUGUCAAAUAUGGCGAGAACAUUAACAGGCACGCAAACUUCUCCACCGCGGGGAAAGCCAUCACUGUACUGUUUCGAAUAGUCACAGGUGAAGACUGGAAUAAGAUCAUGCAUGACUGCAUGGUGCAGGCGCCAUUCUGCACCCCGGACAAACAUCGCUACUGGGAGACAGACUGUGGAAACUAUGCUGGCGCCCUCAUUUACUUUUGCUCUUUCUAUGUCAUCAUUGCUUACAUCAUGCUCAACCUGCUCGUAGCUAUCAUUGUGGAGAAUUUUUCUUUGUUCUACUCUACCGAGGAGGACCAGUUGCUAAGCUACAACGACCUGCGUCACUUCCAGAUCAUUUGGAACAUGGUGGAUGACAAGCGGGAGGGAGUGAUUCCAACCUCUCGGGUGAAGUUUCUGCUCCGUCUGCUGAGAGGUCGUCUGGAAGUUGACCUGGACAAAGAUAAGCUUCUCUUCAAACACAUGUGCUACGAGAUGGAGCGUCUGCACAAUGGAGGAGAUGUCACCUUCCAUGAUGUACUGAGCAUGUUGUCAUACCGCUCGGUUGAUAUCCGGAAGAGUCUUCAGCUGGAGGAGCUGUUGGCGCGAGAGCAGCUUGAAUACACUAUAGAGGAGGAGGUGGCCAAACAAACCAUCCGCAUGUGGUUAAAGAAGUGCCUGAAACGCAUACGAGCCAAACAGCAGCAGUCAUGUAGCAUCAUUCUCAGUCUGAGAGAGAGCCAACAGCAGGAUCUCCGCCGCCUGCUCAACCCUCCCAGCAUUGAGACCACCGUCCCCAGUGAGGACACCAACGCACAUAACCAGGACAAUCCCACUCAGCCAGAGCAGAACAGUGGCCUGCAAACCUUACUGAGCCCCACCCUGUCAGACCGCAGCGGCUACCGACAGGACUCCGCCGACCGACCCCAGAGGAAGCUGGGACAGUGGCGACUGCCUGCAGGCCGCACGAGUGUGAAGUCCAUGGUGUGUAAGAUGAACCCUGUGAGUGACGAGGCCUCCUCAGGGUCUGAAGUCAAAAAGUGGUGGACUCGUCAACUGACAGUGGAAAGUGAUGAAAGCGGUGAUGACCUCAUUGAUAUUUAAAGCAAAACCAGAUUUUCCAGAUUUUCCACUUAAGAAAGGAUCAUUCGGCUAAAUCUUUUGUAUUCGCUCCUUAGCGUAAGCCGCGAUCCUUUGUAUUGGCUUCACGUAGGUGUUUCUAUGUCGCUUAAAGCGCCACCUGCACCCGUUCAAGCCACCUUUUGCUCAUUCAAAAACAUUAUCGGUUUAAACCAUGUUAAUGAUCACUCUACUGUGUGGAAAAUUUCCAGUGAGCAUUAUUUUGUCAAUGGGAAAUAUGUAUGAUGAAAGAGCAGCUGAAAUGUGUCCUCAGGAAGUUUAUGUAAUGUAAUAUAAGAGGCUAAUAAUCUAGAUGUAAUGGUUAGGUGCAUCACAUUAAGCAUGUGCAUUUGCCUAACCAAAGCCAUAGCGUUCUCUAUGUUUGUCUUUGUGCCACCAUAAUUCAUCCUCAUUACAUGGGAGUUUGUAAGGUCCACAAUUAUCUUGUGUUGUAAGUCUACGGGCUUACGGAUUACAAAAUGCAAACACUUGCAGACAUUGUUGCAAGACAUUUAAUGUUACCAUAUUAUAUGUGUCUAUGUGACCGUGACUUUUCCAGUUUAAGUAUUAUAAUAAAGAUACAUAUGUAAGUUAUAAGAAUAAUUUAAAUAAUAUAUUGAAAUAAUGUACUUAAUAUAUUUUGUAAAAAUGAGAAUUUCAGCAAGUUAUUGCGUGCUUUUAAAUUUAAAGUCACUGUGAUAUUA